AUGGUUCUCCCAUGCCCUGUAAUGUGCGACACGAAUUCAUCAUUGGGUAUUUUCCCGCCUGGCCAGAGCGCUACAAUUGGUGUUGAUUUCAUGAUAAAAACAGUCAAAGUCAAUGAUGACAAAAUAAAGUUACAAAUCUGGGACACAGCUGGACAGGAGCGCUUCCGAUCAAUCACACAAAGCUAUUAUCGUUCAGCGCAUGCAAUAGUACUGGUUUAUGAUGUUGCAUGUCAACCAAGUUUCGAUUGCUUACCGGAAUGGCUUGGCGAAAUUGAACAGUACGCAAAUCGACGAGUUUUGAAAAUAUUAGUGGGGAAUAAAAUUGAUAAAGCGGAUGAGCGUGAAAUACCGGAACGUAUUGGUAAAAAUUUCGCAGAUGCGAACGCUUUUGAUUAUUUCCUGGAAACAUCAGCACUGGAUGCAACAAAUGUUGAUACAUUAUUCCAUGAAGUUGCCACACGACUUACAAAUGAUAUGAAAAAAAGCGAUGAAAGGUACUCGUUCUGA